GCUACGAGGGGUCCCCGGCCAUGAAUGCACUCGUGAUUUUGACCAUCUCGCUGGUCACCCGUGUCUUCGCUGGAAACCUUGGUGGUGGAGCCGGUGGCUUGGGACCGGCUGGAGCAGAGCCCGGAGGCCCGUUGCUUAAUGGAGGCGUUGGUCUGGGUGCUGGGCUUGGUGUUGGCGGUGGUGGCCUCGGUGAUGGUCUUGGAGGUGCUCUAGGACAGGCUCUUGGAGGAGGCUUUGGUGGACCUCUUGGCGCGGCACUCGGUGGUGGUGUGCAAGCUUUGGCAGGCCCUGCUGUUACCACAGGACCAGUGUCCGUUGGUGCCCCAGUGGCCGUAAGCCGGACAGUGUCCAUACCAGCACCGGUGGCGACACCCGUGGCUACAGUAUCGUUCCUGAAGCAACCCGUGAUACACCUUAAGUAUGUCACAAAACCAGUGGUGAGCUACGUACGGCAGCCAGUAGCCACCGUCCACCACGCCAUUAGACCUGUGGUGCAUGUCACACACGCCGUGGCUGCACCAGCUAUCGCCGCCACGCCAGCUGUGGCUGCUGCGCCGGCCGUGCUUGGGGCACUGGGCGGACCAGCGUUCGUUGGGGGGCUUGGUGGCGUCGGCCUAGGUGGUCUUGGAGGAGUGGGACUGGUGGGUACAGGCCUCGGCAACACAGGUCUGGGAGGCCUGGGUCUUGGGGGCCUAGGUCUAGGUGCUGGAAGUCUGGGUCUCGGAGGUGGACUCGGCGGCGUCGGAAAUGGUGUGGUAGUCAAGGCCAAGCAUCUGAAGUCUUAAUGACUGUGGAAAGCACAAGUGCAACUUAUCUGGAUCCGAGUUGGUGCGUUUCGAAAAGACCAGACUGUUGCUGAGUCUUCCGCUGGUCAUGUCGGAAAACUGAAGUGAUUUGCUGUGGUUAUAACAGCGAACAUUUUCAUAAACGUGUACAAAGCUAACUAAUUAAACAUUGUGCGAUAUUGUUGAAAAUCAAA